CAUGACUGACUUUGAGAUUGGCAAGAACAUUGUCGUUUUAAAGUUGGUGUCCCUAUCAGUUUACAGGUACUUCCUGUCUCGAUACCGACAUUACCAGUCGGGUAAUCAGGCACCUGAGGAAGUUGAUCCUGCUGGUCGUACCUGUGGUCGGUGAAUAGCGGAUUCAGUGUGCUUUUAUAUACACACAUCCAGUUAACACAGACAUAAGCUCAUGUGCUUUGUAAGGACGAACGUUUUUUUAAAUAUUCAAUUGGAUUUAUUCGUCAAGUUAAAUGAAAAAACGGUUCAACACAAAGGUUGUCACGUGGAGGUAGAAUUCACCGAUAGACAUCAGACGGAAAUAUUUAUACUGACGUCGGGAGUCCUUAUACAAAUUGACCGGAGAUCGUUGAAGUACAAGACGAAGCUGUAACAGAAAACGGUGGAUAUAUAAACCUUACCCAUGUGGAAUUGAGUCCCCAGAUUUACUAGUGUUUCGUACUCGGUGUUAAACUAUUUUACGAUGGAAUACCAUUUUGUGGGUCCUGGAAGGUUGUGGAAUUACUGUCUUCUGACGUUUACCUUCACCAUUGUCCUCAACUACGCUUCUCCAGUACAAGGAGUAAUGAGCAAACUCAUACCAGAUAAUUCGACAAUUGCAUAUGCGUGUGAGGGGAGUACCAUGUACCUGUCCUGUAAACAAGACGAACUGAUCCGGAUCGUCCGCGCCAAUUACGGACGCUUCUCACUGACCAUCUGUAACCAGCACGGCACAAUCUCAGGCUGGAAGCUCCAGUGUGUGUCUAUGGCAUCGAAAAGAAUCGUGGCAGAAAGGUGUGAUGGCCGACGUCUUUGCAAUAUAACGGUGAACAACAAUGUGUUUGGUGACCCCUGUGUUAACACGAGCAAAUACUUGGAGGCUCACUACUACUGUGUGAGAACAGGUCCACCCACUACCAGCAGUACAUCCACAAUCCCUACCAUAGCCACCACCACGCCGAAACCAACUACCCCAACUCCCAAACCUUCCACAAAGGAACCCCCUCCACCCUCAAGGACGACUUCUCCUUUGAGGGUGACAACACGUCCUACCCCCAGGCCCCCCAUUACACCUGUUCCCACAUUGGCCCCUACCCCUACCCCCAACACAGAUGAUGAAGAUAAUCUGCCUAAACUGAGGACCUGUGAGGGCAGACAUCGGGAGGGUGUAUGGUGGCCGCUCAUUGAGGAGGGAGAGUUUUUUGAACGACCCUGUCCAGAGGGGAGAAUAGGUAUGAUGUCUUGGCAGUGUGGGAAAGGAGAGUGGAUUGGAGAACCUGAUCAGUCGAACUGUGUGUCCUCAUGGGUGAAGAAUGUAGAAGAUAUGAUGACACAAAACAGUGAUGCAGAAGAGACAGCAGAAAAAAUGCUGCAGAUGACAAAUCGUGGCAAGGCGAUAUGGGUCGGAGAUCUGAAGAAAACUGCCAAUACUCUCCUCCCUAACCUCAUCAAACUGGCAAAGCGACAGACAGUUCAGCACUCCAAAAAACGCAAGAAAGAGACCAUGAGGAGACUUACAAAGAAUAUCGUGAGAACAGGAAGUAACCUUUUGUCACAAGAGCAUAGUAGUUCUUGGGAGAAGCUGACCGCUGUUGACCGGUCAGAAGUUGCCACUUCCUUGGCGAUUGGUAUGGAGGAAACGGGCUUUGAGAUAGCCAGCACACUGUAUGUGGAUGAGUCAAUCAUGCAAGCAGGCGAAAACAUUUUGAUGGAAGUCACUGCUGUUGACGUCACUAAGAAGUCCAUGAAGUUUCCAUCGAGGAGUGCAGGAGGCGUGUGGGCAAAGGACGCUGACCAAGUCACUUUCCCUAUUGAGAGCUUCCAAAACGCCCAUCAGGAUGGUGUGGUGAGAAUUGUAUUUGUGGUGUACCAACAUCUGAACGAAUGGAUGGUUAGUGAUUCCUCCUCCAAGGACACACAGACAGACACCAAGGGUUACAGGUCCAGACGGGCCGACACGGAUGUCCAGUCUGUUACUGAGGCACCCAACAGGGCAGGAACUAUCAACUCCAAGAUUUUCUCUGCCUCUGUUAACAAUUCUCGAAAACCGACACCUUUGAAAGAGCCAAUCAUAUUUACCUUGAGACACAUAGAGUCUCAAUCUGGGUACGACCCUGUGUGUAGUUACUGGGACAUCUACAGCAAUGAGCCAGCCCACUGGUCAAGAUCAGGAUGUCAGUUGGUGACCAGCAACGAUACCCACACCACCUGUCAGUGUAAUCAUCUCACUAACUUUGCUGUCCUAAUGGACGUCAGUGGAACUGAGUUGUCUAUAGAACACCGAGUAUCACUACAAGCAAUCACAUUCAUUGGCUGUAUCAUCUCCAUCCUUUGUCUCUUCUUCAGCUUCUUCACAUUCUGCUUUUUCAAACAGCUGCAGUGUGACAGAAAUACCAUACACAAGAAUCUUGUGUUCUCGCUCAUGCUGGCUGAACUCCUGUUCCUGGUCGGCAUAGGGAUGACGCAGAACCAUAUUGUGUGUGCUGUGAUCGCGGGGGUUCUUCACUACCUGUUCUUGUGUGCGUUUGGCUGGAUGUGCCUGGAGGGAGUACAGCUAUACGUAAUGCUGAUAGAAGUGUUUGAACCGGGUCGUUCUCGCAGCAGGAUCUACUAUUUAUGUGGAUAUGGAAUACCAGCUAUAGUGGUGGGAGUGGCGGCCGGGAUCCAGCCGUCAGGAUAUGGCACAGACACACAUUGCUGGCUAAGGACAGACAAUGGCUUCAUCUGGAGUUUUGUGGGCCCAGUAGCUGCUGUCAUCACACUGAACAUCAUCAUGCUAAGCAUAGCUGUGUACAUGAUGUGUAAACAUGCGAAUACUCUCGCUUCUACCCUUCGUACCAAGGAAAAGUCACGCCUACAGAAAAUAAGCCAGGAUCCGAGCUCUUCGGGAAGUGGCAACUCCAUGCUGCGGGACUCGCAAGUCAAGAUCAAGUCUGAAGUACCGGCGUGGCUGAAGGGCGCAGCAGUCCUGGUGGUUUUACUAGGACUUACUUGGGUGUUUGGAAUCCUUUACAUCAACAAAGAGACGGUCGUCAUGGCGUACGUGUUCACCGUGCUAAACAGUCUCCAAGGACUCUUCAUCUUCAUCUUUCACUGUCUCCUUAAUGAGAAGGUGAAGAAGGAGUACAAGAAGCUGGCCUACCGCUCAACAUGGCUGCCAAGCUGUUUGAGGGACAUGUGUAUUGGCUACUCUAGCUCCAGCUCCCACAACACCUCGUCCUCCAGUGGAGGGCACCUGCUUAAGUUUUGGAGUGGAAGAAGACGAAGGAAGUCUUCGAAUUCAACGCUGACAACAAGAGGCCAAAACAACAAAAGGAAGAGUGACCCUCGCAGUGACCUUGACAGCUACUCAAGUCGAGAACAAACAAUCUACACCCAUGGCGGCUCUGGUCGCCAUAGCAACAAGAAGUCAAAUGGCCACUCAAAUGGUCACAUCCCCCACCACAGAGACAUGGAUGGCAUCGCAGGGGAUCUAUCUGUGGCUGACUGCUCUGUCAUCGACAGUGAAUAUGUUUCGGAAUAUUGUCACAACAACCUACAGGUUUCCAGGGAAACCCACCGCUACUCCUCAGCUUCUGAAGAGACUGAUCAUAUGAUCAGCGAGGAGCCAAUAGAAAAGGAUAGACUUUCGGCCUUAUCUACAGAUUCUGCAUUGAAGUGUAACUCCGAGUUUGCUUCAUCUGCAGAUGGUAUUGAUGGGGACUAUAUGGAGCCUAAUCACUACUCUGAGCCAAAUCACUACACAGAGGUGAUGAGUGUCGAGAACCCUUACUCGGAGGUCCUUCCCCUGGACGAUGAUCCUCACAGGGAGAGCCAGUAUGAAGACACGCCACUCAUGCAGUCUAUGUCUGAGGCGGAGCAGAACUUCAUCAAUGACAUUCUUAGUGGUCAGGCGUCAGAUAGCCUGAUGAAGAAACAUUCCAUGGAGGACUUAGUAUCAAGUUCUGAUCGACUUGAUCAUAGACUUGACCACAGCACACCCAAUGGUAAAUACAAACACUCACCUAGUAACAACAACUGCAUCAAUAUCAAUGUGGACGGUAACCAGGACCGUCUGUGGGACAGCUAGCCAUGGCAACAGCCAAUCAAAUCAUUAAUACAUCAAACAACAAUCGAAGCAUAAUAAGAUUGGCUGCCUGGUGUUGUGUUCCCUGAAUUAUUAGAGAUUAGACCUUAAAAACAUAGGUCAUCAGACUCGAAAUGAAGCAAAUUGUGGCUCAAAUAUUUGUCAACUUUUUCCCAUUGGGUCUUCAGGAGCAACAUAACCAAGGUUAGGUCAUCCAAAACAAUUCCACAACUCACUGACUAAGUAACAACAGUGUAUUUCCUUACCCAGGGUACGACACAAGCAAGGCCACAAGAACUGUUCAAGGUCAUAAUUGACCACAUGCAGUCAAUAAAACAUUUGUUCACACCAUUUUCGUCGAGACAAUGGAGUAGAUUUUUUUUACACGUGAAUCGGCCUUUGUUGGUGGAUUUCAACACAAGAUGUAAAUGUUUCUGCGUCCCAAUCGUCGGUGCAAUUAUACUAAAUGAAAUUAGUAAACCAUUACUAGAGACUGUUUGCACAAAUUUGUUUUUUGUAACCUGGUAGCUGUCACUAAGAUUAGUGGAGGAUUAGUUGUGAAUACAGUGUGAUUCCUGUUAUAAUAUUGUCUAGGAAUUGAGUGCUGUAACAUUACAAGUGCAAUUUUUGCCGGCCUGAGACAGGAGUUAAGAGAUCUGACAAGUCACUUACAGGCUUACAGUACGGUGCUAUAGUUAACUAUAUCAAAUAUACCUUACCCAUUUUUAACACAGAGUUAUAGUUAAUGAAAUAUUUUUGUAGGAAACACUUCCAAAAUAUGCGUCAAUCAAUUACACAUCAUUCACAUCAAGGUGUUUAUUUUAAUGUUUUUUUGCUUCAAAAUUUCAUUUAAAAACAAUUUCUCUAUGACUGUUUGUAAAAUGUACAAGUAACAAAUAAAAAUAUUAUUUGUGAAGACAUCCACAGACAAUGAAGUUUCCAUCAACAUGCUGUGUAUAUCAUUUUGUUACACGCAUGAUAAGCAUGUAAACAUAAUUUAGUAUGAUCAACAUUAUAUAAUAUACACCAUGUACAAUAUAAACAUGAAUGGAUGUUGAGUUUAGUUGAUCUCUUUAGUAAUUUAACAAACCUAGAGUUAUGUAUGUGGCAUUCUUAGUUAACCAGCGGUCCAUGAAUCACAGUCAAUCGCUAUAACAACCUGGUACCUAAUCACAACAGUAGUGACUAUUACUGUAGCAAAAUCAAAAUGACAAUUUCAGGUAGAGUAACAGGGACCAAACCCAAAACAUUUUUUUUGCAUUCCAAACAUCUAAAUCAAUGUGGAACGGGGUGAGGUCUUAACGUCUACUUCAUAUUUUAUGUCGCCCAUUAAUUAUCACUGUUAAUUAACCCUUUCACCCCUUUGUAGUUUAAGUAGACUCUACCAUGCAUUGAUAUGGAUGAGUCCAUUAUGGUCUACAGUGGUGAAAGGGUAAAUGAGCAUUUUAGAUAGCGUUUUGAAACAUUUAAAAAAAAAAUUAAGUACAAAUAAGGUCAUUGAUUGCUUAAUGAAGAUUGUAUUUUCAUCUGAAUCUCGUCAGAUGGUAGUGUGGAUGUCGACAGAACCAUGCAGUAUUCCCUGUAGCUAAUGUACAGACCUAUAUUUUUGUAAGCUAUGGUAUCUGUAUAAUCCAUCAUUGUGCCUUUAAAAGAAUACCCUGGCUUGUACCUUGUCUAUACCAUGCUUUUUCUUGUCUACUCUAGUCUCUCCUGUAAUAAUGUACAUGCAUGUUCUUUUUUCUCAUCUAAGAAUAUGUACUUGAUUAUUUCUUAUUUGUACACUGCUAGGAUUUUAUAAGAAAUUAAUUUUGAUUUGUACAGUGAACAAUUUCUGAUUUGUACAAUAAAUUAUUACUAGUUUAUACAAUGCUAUAAUAUUUCUAAUUUCUACAAUAUUUCUUGUUUGUACUACUCUGACAAUUUCUAAUUUGUAAAAUACUGAAAUGUGUCUGGUUUGUAGUGUUAUGAUUGUGAACUAUAAUCAUUAGGGUAAAAUAUUUUGAAACAUUUCAAACAGAUUACAAAUUAUGUCAAACUGUUUAUAUCUAAUUGCAAUGGAGUACAAUUUUGAAAGGAAGAGUUUUAUAAAUUUUCACAUACCAUAGUACUAUUCUGAAAUGUUUCAAAAUGCUUUCUUUAUUGAAUAAGGCCCUGAUUCAACACUAUAGAGACAUUUGAUUUGUGUAAUUAUUACUUCGAUGUGUUCUCUGGUGUCCAAUACAGAGCUGUAACUGAGGAUUAAGUGGGCAGUCUAGAUCUGUGUCCAAUGUCUGCCAUAUCAUUGUCAUAUAUGUACAACAGCACUGAUUAUGAUUUUAUGUAACUCCCCUCCACUCUUUCUACAGUGUAAACUGUUAUACUGUUUCCGUGUGAAUUGUCGUAUAUGUGUAAACCAUUUUAAUAGAUGGACUCUUCCAUUUCUGUAGAGAAUAAUGUUGAUGAGAGGAAGCCCACAUAUAUUAUAAUCUUACAAGAACAUUAAGAUACUAUCAUUGUUUUAGUGGGAGAACAUUUUAGAGCUAGUGUCAAUGUAAACAAAUUUUAUAUUGUUUAUAAUUAUCAAGAUAAAAAUAUUAAUUGUUCUGGACCGACAUGGUCUUAAAGCAUGUUCUUGAUUUCAUUGUCUACAAUAUACGCUUUCUCUAAUUGUGAUGUACUUAAAUGACGAUAUCAGAAACAUAUCACAUUUUUUAAAACCAUAGUGACAUAUGUAAUCAUUUUAAAACUUUCAAUUAUAAUUUAAAUUUAUAAGUGUUUUUUGUUUUAUUUCUUCUACCUGGGUUGGUUACAUCAAUAUGUGAUUAACACCUGAAUUCCGAUGAUUGUAGAAAGACAGACAAAACUGCAAUGAUCUUUUUACAAAUAAUUGUAAGUACCUAAAAUGCAGUUUGUCUAUGGUUUCUGUGAAAAGAUUAAAGUCACUUUUGAAAAGCCUGCUCAGCUUUAGGACCAAUUGUAUGAAAUAAAUUAUCUUGAGUAUUUUUUUAAUUUAAGAUUAACUGCUUGUGUAGGGAUUUAAGAUUACCAGUGUACUUAUUUUACAAUGUAUUUGAAGAUAAAAAUUUAGUGGUAUAUGAAAAUGACACAUAAAAAGCUUAAAGAUUUUGUUUCUAUGUAAAUUGAUAAAGCUAACAAGGCUUAGAGAUAUUGGGCCUACAUAUCUGUUUGUUGUGUUGCUUUAUAAACAGAACUACAUUGUAUCAUCUUUUUACAUUUUUCAUCUUUUUUACAUUUUCAUAUUUUCAUUGUCAUGUGUCAUUUGAAAAAUUACUGUUUUGAGUAUAUUAUCACUGCUUCACUGUUUUACUGAUAAUCUUAGCUUUCCUGUUCGUAAUUUAUUUUAUGUACAUGGAGAUGUUAUUUGAUAUAACACUCGGACCAGGCUUCCAGGCUUUGUUAGAAGAGGAGUAUGCUAUGUAUGUACAGGUGAUCUGGGCCAUAAUGUUAUGGCCUUAUCACUCUCAAUGUUACUGGUGAGCGUUCCAAGCUUGUCUACAGAUUUUAUCUGCCAAAGGAAAUAUUAAAAAUGUUGUUCUUUUAAA